CGUGACCUCGUACGUCCUGACGUCACAAGCAGCAGCGUCAUAUCCGACGUCGCCCAGCGCCACAGUCCAGAGCUGAGGAGAACUAAAAUGGCGUCCGGUGCCAUUUCAGCGGAGACCAAGAAAAUAACUGAGUUGCGCGUCGUUGACCUUAAAAGCGAGCUGAAGCGUCGGAACCUGGACGUUACCGGGGUGAAGCACGUCCUUAUUGCGCGCUUAAAGCAGGCAUUAGAAGAGGAAGGCGCCGAUCCAGAAAACAUUGAGACCUUUUCGGCCGACCUGACUGCCAGGAAGAAUGCGAAAUCGAAAGGAAAGAGGAACGACUCGGAUGUUGACACCGCGAUGGAAGAGGACACGUUUUCCAAGGAGCCUGAAGAGGAAGAAUCUGAGAAAGAUGUAACUGAUACUGAUGAUGCUACUCGCGAAAAUACUAAAUCCUUCUCCGACGGGGACGGCCUCGCCGAGCCCGAGUCUGAGAUUGAGGCCGAGAUUGAGGCAGAGCUGGAGCCUGAUCUUGAGGCCGAGGCAGAAGUCGAACCCGAAGCUGCAGCGAUGGAAGGCUCGGAGAGCGAAGCCGCUCCUGAACCUGGCAGAGAGGUCGAAGAUGAUAACAUAUCCGUCACCAUCCAAGCUGAAGAUGCAAUCACGCUGGAUGUGGAUGGCGACGACCUCCUGGAAACAGGUAAACAUGUGAAACUUCCAGAUUCUGAGGCUGACAAGGGCUGCGAGGAGUCGGAAACCUCUGCCGAGACGAGGCAGGAGGCAGACUCGAUGGCCGAACUAAAGGACGGCCACAAAGAUAGUAAGAGAGACGACGGCCCGAAGACUGAUGCCACCAAGAAGGACGGCAGGGAGGCCUUGAAAAAAGCCGAAACGGGAGACAAAGAAAAGGAUUCUGGGAAGAAAGGCCCCUCUUCUGCUGGGGCAGCAGGUCAAGCAAAGAGUGCGUUAAAAGACCGAGAUGGGAAGAACACGAAGGAUGAAAAAGCAGGAAACAACAGCAGCGCUAGCUCUACUCGUAACCUGUGGGUGAGUGGCCUGUCGUCCAACACCAAAGCGGCCGAUUUAAAGAACCUUUUUGGAAAAUAUGGAAAGGUUUUUAGCGCCAAAGUGGUCACCAAUGCUCGCAGCCCAGGAGCUAAAUGCUAUGGCUUAGUGACCAUGUCCUCUAGUGUUGAAGUGGCACGAUGCAUAUCCCAUCUGGACGGCACUGAGCUCCAUGGACAGCAGAUAUCCGUGGACAGGGUUAAAAGCGACCCUUUUAAGAAGGACUCUAAAAAGGAAGCGGAGGAUAAAACGGGGUCUAACAAAACAUCAGGCGAGAAACGCAUCUCUACCGGGCUGAAGACCGCCAACAAGACUCAGACCUCCUCCAAAAAGGAAGAGAAGAAACCAGCUGAGAAGGAUGGCAAAGAAUCUUCCAAGAAACAGGAAUCCAAGAACACCAAGUCCGACGCUCCGAGCUCUUCAAGCUCGGCUUCCGAUUUCAAGAAGGACGAGAAGAAGCAUGGAAGGAAGAGUCCAGGGAAGAUGCUCAUGCUGGACCAGUCUAAAAACCAGCAGGGCUUCAACAAACCUCGGCUGCCUUUUAGAAGAGGAGGGAGGUUCGACAAGCCUGCUGCUCCUAAUAUGAUGAACAGACGUCCUCGGUGGCUCAUUCCACCUGAGCAGAUAGAAGCGAUGAAGAAAGAAAGGCCUUUUCCCAACAAAGGUGGGAACAAAGACAUCCUUCCCUUCGAGAAAAUGAAGGAACAGCGCAUGCGUGAGCGCAUGGUUCAGAUGGAAAAAGCCCGCCGGGCCAUGGCACUGCGCAGGCGGCGCGAGAUGGCAGAGCGCAGGGAGCGCGAGCGGCUGCGGGUAAUGCGCGAGCGCGAGGAGAGGGAGAACCUGAUGCGUGAACGCCAGAGGCUGGAGAUGGAGAGGCAGAAACUGGAACGCGAGCGCAUGGAGCGGGAACGCUUGGAGAGAGAGAGGAUCCGUAUAGAACAGGAGAGACGGAAGGAGGCGGAGCGUCUGGCUCGGGAGCGGGAGGAGCUGAGGAGGCAACAAGAACAGCUACGAUAUGAGCAGGAGAAACGCAACAACCUGAAAAGGGGUCGUGAUGUGGACCACAGGAGGGAUGACUCUUACUGGAACGGCAAUAAGAAGAUUCAGCCCGACUCAGAGGGCCGUAUCAGCCAAGCCUCAGACUACAGCGGCAGGCAGCAGAGCCGCUUCAGCGACUUCAGCUCCAGAGACAGAACACGGUUCCCAGACAGUACCCCUGUCCAGCCCAACAAUUUUGACAGGCGAAAUCGAUUCGACAGCGAACCCGAGGCCAAGAAGACUCGCCCAGACCCGCGGCGCGAAAGUUCCGGGUUCGAGCGAUACCCUAAAAACUUCGACGCCGUGCGCCGGGCCGAGCCUCCUCCCCCUUCGGGGCGCGCCGAUCUUCGCGACACGGACCGGAGAGACAUCCGAGACCGGGAUGAACGCCGGCCCGUGUCGAUGCCUGACCGACCAGCAGGGGGCAGAGCGGCUCCUCCGGCUAUGAGCCACUCGGCCAGAGACACGGGUCACACCGGCUGGAAAAAUGAUGGCGGCAUCAGCAAUAAACCAUCUGACGUCAGGGGAGCAGUACGGAUCCGGAGCCGAGACGGACCUGGCCCUAACAUGAGGGGCGCGUCUUCGGCCAAUCGCGGCAGAGUCGGCUUCAGUAGCCGAGAUGGAGGCAGACCCACGGUCAUGAGCGACCAGCAUUUCAGCAGCGGGAGGCAGGUGGUGGUGGAGCGGCACAGUCGGGAUCAGGGGCCCAGGAAGGAGUGGCACGGCAGCGGCUCUCAGAGCGGAGGAUUCCCUGAUAACCGGCGCAUGGGAGAAAGUCGGCCUGCCAUGAUGGCGCCACAUUCCAGCCAUUCCUCCAGCGGCAUGAACAGGAUCGUCCAGAUCACGAAUGUCCCGAUGAGUGGCGGCGGCGGCAGCAGCAGCGGAUUCAAACCCUUCAAAGGAAGGUUCUAGCGCAAACAGGAGGAAAUUUUAUAACUUAAUUUUUUUUUUUGAUGUUUUUAAAAUGAAUGGACUUUUUUUUUUUUUUUUUUUUUUUUUUUGUAUAAACCCUUGUUAAGCUAAACGUAGGACUUGUUACUCGGCUUUUCUUCUGUAAGCCGUGCACAGAAGUGUUCUCGCGCUGUACAGGCAGCUUGUGCGGUCGGAGUCGUUUCCUUCCUUCUUUUUUUCUUUGUGUAUUUAAAAUGUUUGCGGGGGGGGGGGCAGAGACUUUAAGACUCGCCUGCUUACGUUUUGUCUAGUGUUUAAUCGAUCAGCUGCGACGCUCAUUUCCAUUUUAAAUUCUGUAAGGGCUUGUUUAAGAGCAGAUAAUCGUGUGUGUGUGAGCGAGAGUGAAGAUGGAGAACGCAGAAGUAGGCAGCACAGUACUGGAGAACUCCUGAGGAACUGUGUGUGUGUGUGUGUGUAGCAGUAGACAUGAGGUGUGUGUUCUUCCUGUUUUUCCACAACGCUCUGGAUUUGCCUCUACAGGUUGUUAAAGUGUUUGUAUUCUGGGUCAGAGCACUAAAAUACAUUUUGCUGUGAAGUAACAUGA